GGCCGGAAAGGCGGGCGGGGCCCGGCCCUGGCCCGGCGCUGUCCCGGCGCUCCCGAUCCCGUCCCGGCCCUAUCCCGGCCCUGUCCCGGUGUUCCUGAUCCCGACCCGGCCCGUGCCGGCGUUCCCGGCCCCGCCAUGCGCAAGUUCUUCCAGGAGAUCAAGGCCGACCUGAAGUUCAAGACGGCGGGGCCCGGGCAGAAGCUCUCGGAGCCGUCCCGGGCCCCCAGGGAGAAGCCAAAAGCCGAGGCGGCCCCGAAGCCCCGCCAGGCCCCGACGGACGAGGCUCAGAUGGCGGCGGCCGCGGCGCUGGCCCGGCUCGAGCUGAAGCCCAAGGGAAAGGCGCCUUCCUGCUCCCAGGAGUCCAUCAAGAACCAGGUGAGGAGAGAGCUGAUGGCUGAGGCAGCUGCCAGCGAGAAGGGGCUCCCCGAGGAGGAGAAGGAGCAGGAGGAAGGGGCAGCCGCUCCCUCUGUCUCGGGGGUCUAUUUUAUCUGCCCCUUGACCGGUGCCGUCGUGAGGAAAGACCAGAAGGAAAAGCACCUCCGGGAAGCCAUCCAGGCACACUUCUCCGUGGAUCCAGUGGCUGCUUCCAUCAUGGAGAUCCACACCUUCAACAAGGACCGGGAGAAGGUCCGGGUGGGCGUGGAGACCAUGGCCAAGUACCUGGACAACAUCUACCUCCAUCCAGAGGAGGAGAAAUACCGGAAAAUCAAACUGCAGAACAAGGUGUUUCAGGAAAGGAUAAGCUGCUUGGAAGGGGCACACAAGUUUUUCCAGGCCGUGGGGUUUGAGACAAAAACGUUGCCUGUCCCAGGACAAGGCAAGGAAGGGCAGAGUGUUGGUGUGGGGGUUGCAGGGAGUGGGGUUUGCAGGGGAACUGGGUUUGCAGGGAGUGGGGUUUUCAGGGGAAUUGGGUUUGCAGGGAAUGGGGUUUGCAGGGGAAUUGGGACAGAGGCAGUGGAGAAGGCGUCCAUGCUGAGGACAAGAGCCAUGAGGGAGAAGGAGGAGCAGAGGGAGAUGAGGAAGUACAACUACACCCUGCUCCGGGUGCGCUUUCCCGACGGAUACAUCCUCCAAGGGACUUUUUAUGCCCGGGAAGCAGUGUCUGUGCUCUACAGCUUUGUGAGGGAAGCACUCAGAGAUGACUGGCUGCCCUUUGAGCUCCUGGGACCUGGAGGGGUCAAACUGACUGAUGAGAACUUGGCCUUCAAUGAAUGUGGGCUGGUGCCCUCGGCCCUCCUGAGCCUGUGCUGGGACGCAGCAGUCAUGGCAGACAUCGAGGCAGCGGGAGAGGAGCAGCCCCGGAGCCCCCUGAGGCCGGAGCUCCUGGCCAGGGUGCAGACCCUCCCCUGAAAUAAAGGGCCGUGGGUUCAGUGCUGCUGGUUUUAGCCUCUUCCCUCCCUUUCCCACCAGCUGGGUGAGCUCAGGGGUGGCUGUGGGGUGGCUGUGCAGAGGGGGAGCCCCGGCUCUGUCCCUCCCUCGGGGGGUCUCACCCAGCGAGGCACCUCCCGCACUGCUCCCAGGGGGGGUCAGCACCACGUUCCAGGAGGGUGUUCCCGAGGCAGUGGGGGAGCAGGGAUUAGUGCUGCUAGGCUGGAUCACCCCCCUGAGCCCGGCGGUGGGGCUGGGUUUAGGACUCAGCUUCCCCUCUGGCUUCCGUGUGCACUGUAACUCCUGCGGGAGAGAGCACAUUGGGGUAAGGUGACUCUUAGUCUGAUUAAAUGGAAUUAUUUAAAGA